AUGGGACUAAACGACAGCAGCCCGGGCGCCAUGCGAAAUGGCCGCGGCCUCUCGGACCAGUGGGCUGAGUCUGUGGUGGUCCGGCCUCGAACCACCGAGCGCCACAUCACGGUGCACAAGCGGCUGGUGUUGGGCUUCGCCCUGUCCAUCCUCACCCUCAUCAUCGUCACGGCGGUGGCUGUGGUGCUCAGCGUUCGUUUCGAGGAGUGCGGUGCACCUGAUCGUGAGGGAGCGACAGGGGAGUCGGGCUCCCGGGGUUCCGGGGGGUCGGCGAAGUUGAACGGGAGCAAAGGGGAGAGGACAGGGGAGAGGGGGGAUGAUGAGGCGGUCCAGCCGUGGAGGAACUCACGGCUGCCGGGCUCAUUGAGACCGCGGCACUACGACCUGCGGCUCGCCGUCUACAUGGACAACUUCACCUUCUCCGGAGAGGUCAGCAUUGAGCUGGAAUGUGUCAAUGCCACCCGGUUCAUCGUGCUGCACGCCGACCGCCUUGAGGUGGACCGGGUGUCCGUUACGGCAGAGGGUGGCGCCGGUGGUCGUCCUGUCAACCGACCCGGGGGCGGAGCCAUGCGCGUCCACCGUCACUUCUCCUUCCCGGCCAAUCAGAUGUACGUGGUGGUGCUGCACCGCGAGCUGAAGCCGAUGAGGGUUUACCGGCUGAACGUGAGCUUUGACGCCGCCAUCGAGGACGAGCUGCUGGGCUUCUUCAGGAGCUCCUACACCCUGCAGAGAGAGAGACGUUACCUGGCAGUGACUCAGUUCAGUCCCAUCCACGCCCGGAAGGCCUUCCCCUGCUUCGACGAGCCCGUCUACAAGGCCACGUUCUCCCUCACCCUCCGCCACGACCCGCAGUACACCUCGCUCUCCAACAUGCCCGUCGAGAGCAGCUCGCUGUCGGACGAGGACGGCUGGGUGACCAAUCGCUUCGCCCGAACGCCUCGCAUGUCCACGUACUACCUGGCCUGGGCCGUCUGCAACUUCACCUACAGAGAGACGCAGACCGACAGCGGCGUGACGAUCCGCCUGUACGCCCGGCCGGACGCCAUCGCUAGCGGGGCAGGGGACUACGCCCUCCACAUCACCAAGAGGCUUCUGGGAUUUUACCAGGACUACUUUAAAGUCCAGUACUCGCUGCCCAAGCUAGACUUGUUGGCGGUGCCCAAACAUCCCUACGCCGCCAUGGAGAACUGGGGGCUGAGCGUCUUCGUGGAGCAGAAGAUCCUGCUGGACGCCGAGGUGUCGUCCUCGUCCUAUCAGAUGGAGCUCACCAUGGUGGUCGUCCACGAGAUCUGCCACCAGUGGUUUGGUGACCUGGUGACUCCGGUCUGGUGGGAGGACGUCUGGUUGAAAGAAGGUUUCGCUCAUUUCUUUGAGUACGUCGGGACCGACUUCCUCUUCCCAAAGUGGAACAUGGAGAAGCAACGCUUCCUGACUGACGUCCUCCAUGAGGUGAUGCUAUUGGACGGCCUAAGCUCCUCCCACCCGAUCUCCCAGGAGGUGGAACAAGCGACGGACAUCAACCGAGUCUUCGACUGGAUCGCCUACAAGAAGGGGGCAGCGCUGAUCCGGAUGCUGGCUAACGUGAUGGGACAGCCGCUGUUCCAGAAAGGUCUCAACGAUUAUCUGCUGAGUCACAUGUACAGCAACGCAGCCAGAGACGACCUGUGGAGCAAACUGUCUCAGGCCAUGCGUUCAGAGGGGCGGGACAUCAACAUUGGAGAGAUGAUGGACAGGUGGACUCUACAAAUGGGCUACCCUGUCGUCACCAUCAGCAAGAACCAAUCAGAGCAGCUCCCUACUCAUUACAUCACUGUCAGCCAGGAGCACUUCCUGUACGCACAGGAAGUCAGGAGCAACAACAGUCCGAAAUCCUUGAAUAAGUGUUUACAGUGGCAGGUCCCAUUGACGGUCGCCGUGGGAAACACAUCCGCUGUUUGUUUGGAGAGCCUCAUCUGGAUCAACAACAAGACAGAGACCCACAGGGUUGGUCAGAUGGGCGACAACACCUGGUUACUGGGCAACAUUAACCAGACGGGCUACUUCCGCGUGAACUACGACCUCCAGAACUGGAAACUGCUGAUUCAACAACUCCACACCAACCCCCAAAUCAUCUCGGUCGGAAACAGGGCGGGACUUAUCGAUGAUGCAUUCAACUUGGCCAGGGCGGGGUACCUCCCCCAGGGCGUUCCCUUGCAGCUGAUUGGCUAUCUGCCCGAGGAGACGUCCUUCCUGCCGUGGCACGCUGCCAGCCGAGCGCUCUACCAGCUGGACAAACUGCUGGACCGCACAGAGGAAUACAGCCUGUUCAGUGACUACGUGUUGAGGCAGGUUGCGUCGCGGUACCAUCAGAUGGGUUGGCCGACAAAUGGCCCCGGCAGCGAGGGCAACGUCCUGCAGGCGUCCUACCAGACUGAGGAGUUACAGAGGGAGCUCAUCAUGUUAGCUUGUAGCUUCGGGAACAAGCAGUGCCACCGUCAGGCUGUCGCCUACAUCUCUGACUGGAUCUCCAGCAACAAGAACAGGAUUCCUCCCAACAUCAGAGACAUCGUUUACUGCACCGGCGUCAGUCUGAUGGACGAGGACGUGUGGGAGUUCAUCUGGAUGAAGUUUCACUCGUCCAACGCCGUCUCAGAGAAGAAGAUCCUGCUGGAGGCUCUGACCUGCUCCGACAACACCUUCCUCCUCAACAGGUUACUGAACCUGUCUCUGACCUCAGACCUGGUCCCAGAGCAGGACGUGAUCGACGUCAUCAUCCACGUGGGCAGGAACCCUCAGGGUCGAAACCUGGCCUGGAAAUACUUCAGAGAAAAGUGGGACGUCCUCAACGCCCGUUAUGGCGAAGCGCUGUUCAUGAAUUCAAAGCUCAUCAGUGGAGUCACAGAGUUCCUGAACACCGAGAGAGAACUCAACGAGUUAAAGGAGUUCAUCCAGUCCGGCGGUGUGGGGGCGGGGCCUGCUCUGCCACGGGCACUGGAGAUCGUCGAGGGCAACGUGCGCUGGCACCGCCUCCACCGGCGCCAGUUUUACCAGUGGCUGCGCAAACCUCCGGGCCCCGCCCUCGGCUAA